AUGGCUAUUCGCAAGCUUUUAUCAAUCUGUUUUAUAAUUAUAUUGUAUACAUAUCGAGUGUCCGCUCUAAACAUUCUGGCUAUAGUGUCUCUACCUCUCAAAAGUCAUUAUAUGGCGUUCCAACCACUAUUCCAAGAACUAGCUGUUAGAGGACAUCGUGUUACUGUUAUAAAUAAUUAUCCGGAUAGUAAUCCUCAUCCAAAUUUAAAAUACGUCGACAUAAGUUUACCGUCGUCUAGAAAAAUGCCUCCCAUGUCGGAAUUUGAGAAUAUCAGUUCAAAUUAUUUACACAUUAGUAACUUUUUAAACCAUUUCAUUCUUGGCGGGAAUAACGUUGAGGGUGAUUGUGAGAAUCUUUUAACGAAUCCUAAUAUGCGAACAUUUUUAAGUGAGGGCGAAAGGUUUGAUUUGAUAUUCGUGGAGCAGUUUAUGAGUGAUUGUGGACUUGUGUUAGCUGGAACGAUGUACGAUGCGCCGAUAAUUGGUAUAACAUCACAUACACUGCUGCCCUGGGCUUACUCAAGACUCGGUAUUCCUUUUGAUGUCCUCUCAGAUGCAUUUUACUUUUCAAACGUCGGCACACAGCCAUCUAUCUUAAAAGCAAUAGAAAACUAUUGUAUGAAUCUUUACAUGAACACUAUUGGAAGUUGGAAACUUCAGCGAAUUAUUAACAAUGUUUUCAAACGACACGCUCCGAACGCUUCUUUAGAUUUUGAAAUGAUAAUUAGGGAUAAAAUUAAAAUGAUGUUUGUCUAUCAACACUUUUCGGUGACGGGAGCCCGUUCGCUUCCGCCUCAGCUAGUCGAAAUAGGCGGCAUUCAUAUUAAAAAACCGAAACCAGUUUCACGGGAUAUAGAAGAAUUUUUAUCAUCUGCAAAACAUGGAGUUAUUUACGUUAGCUUCGGUUCAAAUUUGCAAUCAAGUCUGAUGUCCGAAAAAAGAAGACAAGCGUUUUUGGAUGCGUUCAAAAAAAUCCCCCAAAAGGUUUUAUGGAAAUUAGAAAACGGUUCUUUACCAGACGGCAAUGACAAUAUACGUAUAAGUUCUUGGUUUCCUCAACUUGAUAUAUUAUGUCACCCUAAAGUGAGAGGGUUUGUAUCUCAUGGUGGAAUGUUGAGUCUAUCUGAAGCAGCGUAUUGUGGAAAACCUAUACUGGCGAUGCCUUUCUUUGGUGAUCAAUUCUCAAAUGUAGCGGCCAUCGAACAAAGUGGCCUCGGUCUCUCAAUGUAUUUUAAUGAAGCUGACUCCGAGAAUUUGGUUGCAGCUAUAAACAGAUUAACAUCUGACGAGUAA